GUCACUGUGAGCGACCUGCUCCAAUGCCGUUGCCUUAAUAGCUAGGUGUAUCUUCCUCUUCGUAAACAUUCCUCUUUUCCCUCUUUCCUCCUCGAUUCUCUCGUCCCCAAUUCACCCUUCUCUUCAACAUUUUUCAUUGCUGAGCUCGCGUGCUCAGCAAAGACUCCUCUUCUUCAACAUGUCGGCUUCUUUGCCAGCUCUCUCUGAGGCCCUCCUCCACCCGAUCAACACGUUCGGUGCGGUGGCUGUGGUCCUCGCCGUGUCCGCCGUAGCUCUGAUUGCUGUCACUCUCGGUGCGGCCAAGUCCGACAACUACGUCUACCAGCAAUUGCAAUUCGCCUACUCGUGCUUCUUCAAGCCCCACACCGGAGACGGCACCGGCAACCAGCAGGAUGCCCUCGAAAGCUUCUACAAAUCCCAGGCCUCCAUCUACGAUGCAACCCGCACCAAGCUCCUCCAGGGCCGUGAGGACAUGCUCGCACUGGUAGCUGCUCAGGCGAAAUACCGACAAAGCAAUGGCCAAUUUAAGAAGAAGCCCAUCUGGGUCGAUAUCGGCGGUGGUACUGGCUGGAACAUUGAGCAGAUGGGUCAGCAAAUCGAUGUGCCCAACUUCUUCCACGCCGUCUACCUGGUUGAUCUGAGCACUUCUCUCUGCGAGAUUGCCACCAAGAGAUUCGAGCGUUUGGGCUGGAAGAACGUGCACGUCAUCUGCGAGGAUGCGAGAACCUUCCGCUUGGCGGACCACGAGGCCGGUCUUGCGGAGGAGCAGCGUGACUUCAGCAUUGGCAAGCCAGUUUACGACGUGGACUCGCGUGACAGUGUUGGAGCCGACGUGCUCACCAUGUCCUACAGUCUGAGCAUGAUUCCCGAGUUCCACCCUGUCAUUGAUUCAGUUGCGAACCUCUUGGCUGCCGAUGGUAUCAUCGGUGUGGUCGACUUCUACGUCCAGAACAAGGUUGAGUUCCAGGGCCGCAACUACACCGGAGGCCAGCUCGACAGGCACUGCAUGUGGAUCAGCCGUGUCUUCUGGCGCACCUGGUUCGAGCUCGACCGUGUCAACUUGGAAUCUGCCCGCCGCGACUACAUCGAGUACAAAUUCGGAACCAUCCUCAGCGCCAACCGCCGUUGCCAUCUCCUCGGUCUUCGCAUCCCAUACUACAUCUUCGUCGGUUGCACUCGCACCACCAGCGUGACCAUGGAGUCCAUCGCCUCGGUUGACGCCGCCGUGACUGAGAGCCCCUUCAUCACAGCACUCGACAUCCACGCUCAGAGCAUCACUCCUCGCAAGGUUCGCCGCAGCUCCAGCACCGAGCGGAGGAGCAAGGCAUACGAGACCGCCGUUGUCAACCUCGCUGCCAGCAUGCCUCUUCCCGCCGCCUACUACCAGAACAAUAAGACUCGCAUCUACUACGACGCUUCCCUGCAAAAGCACAAGCAGUUCAACGAUGAGUACAUCUACGCUUUCACCUGGGAGGACUCUCGCAUGGACGCCCGUCUUUUGAAAAUCAAUGGUGAUGACGUCAUCCUGGCGAUCACCAGCGCUGGUGACAACAUUCUGAGCUACGCCCUCGAGCGCCCGAAGCGCAUCCACGCCGUCGACCUCAACCCAUCGCAGAACCACCUCCUCGAAUUGAAGGUCGCCGCCUUCAAGAGCCUCGACUAUGAAGACACCUGGAAGCUGUUCGGCGAGGGCAAGCACGAGAACUUCCACAAGCUCCUCCUCGAGAAGCUGUCCCCUCACCUGUCCUCGCACGCCUUUGACUACUGGCUCCACGUUGGUGAAUCGACUUUCGGUCCCAAGUCGCAAGGUCAUUACUUCACCGGUGGAUCUCGUCACGCGCUCAAGCUUGUCAAAUGGAUCAGUGGAACCCUCGGUAUCCGCAAUGACAUUAUUCGCCUGUGUGAGGCCCAGACCCUCGCUGAACAGCGUGAGAUCUGGACCAAGCGCGUCCGUAAGGUCCUCCUCUCGCAGUUCCUCGCUUACUUCGUCGUCGGCACCGAGCAGUUCCUGUGGAAGGCUCUCGGUGUGCCUGGCGAGCAGCGUGCUAUGAUCGAGGAGGACUUCAAGCACAUGCUCGACCACCAGAACAGCGCCGCCAAGUCCGAUGCCGCUGGCGAGAAGAGCGGUGAAGGCGAACCAGGUGCCGUUGGACCUUUGAAGAGUGGACAGGCCAUCUGGAACUACGCUGUCCAGACCCUCGACCCCGUUGCCAACGAGACGCUCAUGAGCGAGGACAACCACUACUACCUUGUCUGCUUGUUGGGCAAGUACACCCGCAAGUGCCACCCUACCUUCCUCCAGCCCAAAUCCCACGCCAAGCUCUCCCAGCCCAACGCCUUCGACGGCCUUCGCAUCCACACCGACGAGCUCCGCGAAGUCUUCGCCCGUAUGCAACCUGAGGCCCUCACCAUCGCCGUCCUCAUGGACAGCAUGGACUGGUUCCGCCCCGACGCCCCCGACGCCGCCACCCAGGUCACGGCCGUGAACCGCGCGAUGAAGAUCGGCGGCCGCGUCCUCAUCCGCAGCUCUGGUCUCAACCCCUGGUACAUGAAGACCUUUGAAGAGCUCGGCUUCUCGGCUAAGCGUGUCGCUGCCCGUAUCCCCGCGGGCACUUGCACCGACCGCGUCAACAUGUAUGCGAGCACAUGGAUCUGCACCAAGACUACCAACCUUGCUGCCGAGGCUGAAUAGAUGGAUCGCUUCAAUUCGUUUGGUUGUCCGGUGGUCUACUUGGAUAAAUGGAGAUGUUAGCCCAAGAGGCUGCCGAAGCCAGUGUUGUUGACACUCGUCGACGCACAUGAUCGAAUGCUCCAUAGACGGCUAUACUGGCUCCUCCGCACCCAGGCCUCCGAUUCUAUCACAGCCAGGUUGUGGCCACGCUGGACGGUGGCAGCUGUGUGCGAUAGGCUACGAUUCGCCACGAAGGAGAACAAGGAAGAAGGAUUAAUGUUUGAUAUGUAACAUGAACGUUUCAUGGAUGACGACUUUCUUUUUUGGAUUGGAGAAGAGAAUUAUCUUGUGCUGCUUUAUGUAUAUCCCUCCUAGUCGGAGGGAAGAAAUGUCCCAUUCACUGGAAGGAAAAAUGAAAAAUUCCUUGCGACCUCUACAAUAAUGGCCUUCU